AUAAUUGGUUACGAAAGUGUUUAAUUGUACAAUCAUGUAACAACUCCGGGAAAAUUAAGUAAAAAUUAAUACUGAAAAAUGUUUUAAUAGCAUAAUGAGGUGCUGCUAAUGACAGUCAACACGAUUUUUCAUCAUUAGACUUGUGACAACGAUGGCUACCAUAUCGGAAAGUUUCAAUAUAAAUUUUAUCUGCCUAAGAAUUUUUGGUGUGAUAUGGCCAGGCAAAAACUUAAGUAUAUACUUUAAAUUCUAUUCAGGCUUUUACAUUUUCACAACAUUAAUAGUAUAUUACGUACUUCUCAUAUUAAACCUGUUCUAUACGCCCAGAAAUAUCGAGUUAUUGAUUCGCGAAAUAUUAUUCUGUUUUGCCGAAACAUCGGCAGUCUCGAAGGCUGUCAUGAUUUUUCUUAACCAAAAACCUUUAGUGAGAGCUUUUCAUAUUCUCGACUGUGAACAUUUCAAAGGCGAAGACGAUAGAAGCAGAAAAAUUGUAAGUCAAUAUAUCGCCAAGUAUAAAACUUAUUGGAAAUUUGUCGCGGUUUUGUCUCAUAUGUCGUAUUUAUGCAAAAUCUUCAUACAGAUUGGCUAUUGUUUCUAUGGUCAAGUGGAAUUGCCAUUUUACAAUUAUUAUUUUCUUCAAAAAGAGACUAUUGAUCGGUAUUUUGUAUUUUUGUGGCUAUAUCAGGCUUGCGGGAUUUAUGGACACAUGUUAUAUAAUAUGAAUGUAAAUACAUUAAUAGCAGGAUUAUUUUUGAUAGUCGUUGCCCAAGUAGAAAUCCUUGACCAUGAAUUUAGGAGUUUAAAAGUUGAUAAUAGUAGCGAAGAAGUACAAGUUAUAAAAUUAAAUAAAUGUUUGAGACAUUACGAAAUCCUCUUACAAUAUUCAAAUGAGGUUCAAGAUAUAACAAGCGUUACUAUGUUUGUUCAGUUCACUGUGGCUUCAGGAUCCAUUUGUGCAAUAUUAUGCAGCCUUUUAUUGCCUAAAACAUUUGGUGAACUUAUGUCAUUAUUACUUUUCAUGUCUACUUAUGCGUUUGUGGUGAUUCUGGAGAUUUUUAUUCCUUCUUAUCUUGGAACACAGCUCCGCCAUAAAAGUCAAAAGCUAGUCAACGCAGCUUACUGCUCGGAGUGGAUAGCUAGAUCAGAAAGCUUUAAGCGAAGCCUUAAGCUUUUCAUGUUACGGGCCAACAUUCCCAUCCACUUCAGCGGAUGUGGACUUUUUCCUUUAACCCUGGAUACGUUUACUUCGAUUAUGAAAAGCGCAUAUUCAUUUUUCACGUUAGUGAGAAAUUUUCAGAAUCACGAAAAAUAGUUGACGAUGUUAUCUUGCAGCAUAUCUUCUUAAUACGCACAUAAGUUUUAGAAGUUAUCA